UUCAGCUAUCCAGAGCUCCACCAAAACCUGUGCCAACCAGAGCUCCACCAAAACCCCUGCCAACCAGAGCUCCACCAAAACCUGUGUCAUCCAGAGCUCCACCAUGUCUGAGAAAUUUGAAAUUGUGAACUUGGAGCUCAAAUCUGGAGAAAGUCUGAAGUUGAAGGGCAGACUCACAGAUAAUGCCAGCAACUUUUCCUUCAAUUUGGGAAAAAGCAACAGUGAUUUAGGUUUACAUUUUAACCCACGCCUAAAUGAAAAUGUAAUUGUGUGCAACUCCAAAAACUGCAACAACUGGGACUCAGAAGAAAGAAGUGGCCACAUGUGUUUUACACCCGGGACAGAAGUCAAGAUCUCAAUCAAGUUAAAUGGGGACAAGUUUGAUGUGAAGCUUCCUGAUGGUCAUGAAAUCUCUUUCCCCAAUCGUCACGGCCAUGAUAAACUUACAUAUCUCUCAGUCAAAGGGGACUUUAAAGUGACUUCAUUUAAAUAUGAAUAAUUUGUGCCUUAUUAACUGUCUCAAUAAAAAUGAUAUUGCCAAACAAA